AUGGCGCCGGGGGCCGCCACAUCCCCCGCUGUUUUCUCGCAGCGGGGCGUCUCCCCUCCCGGGCGCGUGUGCGCCGGCUCCUUGCGGCUCGGCCUCGUCGGAGGCGGCCGCCACAAGCGUUGUUUGGGGGAACGUUCCUCCGCCACCAUCACGGCGCCCGGCCCCCCACCAUCGAAGGGGCUUUGGGGCACCGAAGCGGUGGAUCCACGUCCCUGUGGCGCUUCCCAACUCGUAUUGCCGCCGCGGAUGCGUGGGACAGGAUGGGGCUCGGCGGCGCCCCGGGGCGGCCCAGCCGACUGGCAAGCGGGACUGCCCUUGUUGCGCGCGACCCGGUACCUGGGCGCGGGAGUUGCCCGUCGGUCCCCGCCGAGUUAG